CGCUGCAAUGCCUAUGAAGGGCCGCUUCCCCAUCCGCCGCACCUUGCAGUACCUGAACCAGGGUGAUGUGGUGUUCAAGGACUCGGUGAAGGUCAUGACAGUGAAUUACAAUACGCACGGGGAGCUGGGCGAGGGCGCCAGAAAAUUUGUGUUUUUCAACAUACCUCAGAUCCAGUAUAAAAACCCUUGGGUGCAGAUCAUGAUGUUUAAGAACAUGACACCAUCACCGUUCCUGCGGUUCUAUUUAGAUUCUGGGGAGCAGGUCCUGGUGGAUGUGGAGACCAAGAGCAAUAAGGAAAUCAUGGAGCACAUCAAAAAAAUCCUGGGGAAGAAUGAAGAAACCCUGAAGAAAGAGGAGCAGGAGAGAAAGCAGCUCUCUCACCCUGCCCACUUUGGCCCCCGAAAGUACUGCCUACGGGAGUGUAUAUGUGAAGUGGAGGGGCAGGUGCCUUGCCCGGCCCUGGUGCCAUUACCCAAGGAGAUGAGGGGGAAGUACAAACCAAGUCUGAAAGCCAGUGACCAGGACUGA